CGGCGCUGGAAUUGGGAUCAUAUCGAACCAGAUGAUGAGAAAUUGCUGGUGGCCGAAGGCGAAGACGAACUAAUUGAGCUUGCGGAACGCAUGCAAUUGCGUUUCCCGAAAUUGUUGCCAGAUCUCUAUAAUCCAGAAUGGUAUUACAUGAAAUAUACGGCCACACAACGUACGCUGAAGAGUGCCCAAAGUUUUGCCACCGGUUUGUUUGGCCGCCAUCGCAUACAUGCUAUUACCUAUCCGCAACCGCUGAAACGCGAUCCUGUGCUGCGGAGUUCACAACAACAGCAAAGAUGAUGGAAUCGCUGUACAAAGAGAGCAUUGCAAUUGCUAGCGAAAGCAGCAAUGGCAGCACUGGUAGCAGCAACAACAAAACCAUCAUGGGCAGCACUGCGCACGGCGCAAUUAAACGCGAGAACGAGACAGCAAUAUCGAGCACAACAACAACAGCAGCAGCAACUACGGGGAAGGAUGCAGUUACUCAUGCCAACUACAAAAACUACAACUCCACAAAAUAUAUGCGACAAUUAAUCGCACCCGAUGGCGAAAUCAAUUUCAUUGACGAUUAUCGCAUUGCCCUCAGCUUUGCGGCCAAACGACAUCAGGAGUCCAUCGAGGCGUUGAACUAUGAACGUCUCCACUGGCGCAUUAGAGAACGCAUGAAGACGGCCAGUGUGGCUUUGGUGUUGUGCCUCAACAUUGGUGUCGACCCACCGGAUGUGGUUAAGAUACAGCCCUGCUCUCGACUGGAGUGCUGGAUUGAUCCCAGCUCGGUGUCCGUACCGAAGGCAAUGGAGUUAAUUGGCAGCAACCUGCAGAUGCAAUACGAACGCUGGCAGCCGCGUGCACGCUACAAAAAGUGCAAUGAUCCCACCGUCGAGGAUGUGAAGAAACUGUGCACCUCGUUGCGUCGCAAUGCGAAAGGCGAACGCAUAUUGUUUCACUACAAUGGCCAUGGAGUGCCAAAGCCAACGGCAAAUGGCGAGAUCUGGGUGUUCAACAAGACCUUCACCCAGUACAUCCCGUUGAGCAUCUUUGAGCUCAUCAAUUGGAUGGCAGCCCCAUCGAUCUACGUCUAUGAUUGCUCCAAUGCGGGCAUCAUCAUCAAUUCCUUUCAACCCUUUGCCGAGCAGCACGAAAAAGAACUGGAGAAAGCGCUAGCUGCUCAGGCAGCGGGAGCAGCGCCCGCCGGUCAACUUGUCAGCUAUAAGAACUGCAUCCAUUUGGCGGCGUGUGCCGCCAAUGAAAUACUCCCGAUGAAUGCACAAUUGCCGGCGGAUUUGUUCACCAGCUGCCUGACAACGCCCAUCAAUAUAGCACUGAAGUGGUAUGCGAUGCAGGAGAAACUGGGCAUGGUUCCGCGCAUCCAGAGCGAACUGAUUGACAAGAUACCCGGCAAGGUGAACGAUCGCCGAACCAUGAUGGGUGAGCUCAACUGGAUAUUUACGGCCAUCACCGAUACCAUUGCAUGGAAUACGUUGCCCCGCGAGCUGUUUCAGCGUCUGUUCCGACAGGACUUGUUGGUCGCCAGCUUGUUUCGGAAUUUCCUGCUAGCGGAGCGCAUAUUGCGUAGUCACGACUGCACACCGGUGUCGUUGCCAGCCCUGCCCGCCUGUCAUCGUCAUGCCAUGUGGAAGGCAUGGGAUUUGGUUGUCGAUCUAGCGUUGCAACAGCUACCCGAUAUCCUGGAGCAACAGGCGCCCUACCGUCAGCUGCCCUUCUUCGAGCACCAAUUGACCGCCUUUCAGGUGUGGCUGGACAGCGAAUCCGAAUCACGCACACCGCCCGAACAGUUGCCGAUUGUGCUACAGGUGCUGUUGUCGCAAGUGCAUCGUUUGCGUGCCCUGGAGCUGCUGGCACGCUUCCUCGAUCUCGGACCUUGGGCUGUUAAUCUUGCGCUGGGCGUUGGCAUUUUCCCCUAUGUGCUCAAAUUGCUGCAGAGCUCAACCCGUGAGUUGCGUCCCGUUCUGGUGUUCAUUUGGGCGAAAAUUCUGGCUGUGGAUCCCAGUUGUCAGGUGGAUUUGGUCAAGGAGUACAAGUAUUUUUUGUCAGUGCUGCAGGACAAUGCGGUGAGCAAACAGCACCGUACGUUGAGCGCCUUUGUGCUCGCCUCCAUUGUGCACAACUUUCUGUUGGGUCAGACGAGCGCACUCCAGGGACCCUUGCUCUCCAUUUGCCUGGAACAGCUGAACGACAGCAGCUGGUUGCUGCGCCAAUGGUUGGCCAUUUGCCUGGGCAUGCUGUGGCAGAACUUUGAGAAGGCACGCUGGUCGGGUGCCCGAGAUUUGGCCCACGAAAAGCUCUAUGCGCUACUGAGCGAUGCCAUUCCGGAGGUGCGAGCGGCUGCGGUGUUUGCUCUGGGCACUUUCAUUAGCUCGGUGACGGAUCGCAGCGAAGAGCAGGCGAAUAACAUUGAUCGGAUCAUUGCCAUCACGCUGCUGGAGAAGGUGGGCGAGGAUAUGUCGCCACUGGUGCGUCUCGAGUUGGCGGCCGCAUUGCAAUGGAUGGUGCUGCUCUUUGAGACACAAUUCGUAACGGUGUAUUUGUCCGAGCAGCUAAAUCACAGUCACAGCUCGUCGCUGGUCUUGUGCGGUGGCGAACGCAGCGCCAGCAUCACCCACGGCAUGCCUAACGCACCGCCACAGUCCACACACAGCCUGGAGCGCUUCGGACAUGUGACCAUACGACGGGGCGUCAGUUCGAGUUCCAUUUCGAACAUGAGCAGCUCGAGCACCGGCGGCAGCGGUGGCGGUGGUGGCAGCAGCAGCGGCGGCAGCGCCACAACCAACUUUAUACCCUUUCAAUCGAUCUUCACACGUCUGUGGCAGGGCAUCUACAAUCUCGGCCAGGAUCCACAUCCCCAGGUGGCGGCCACAGCGCAAAAGAUAAUCGCCCACGUGCGGGAUGCAGCAUUGUGCAUGAUCACGGCCAAAGAGGCUACAAAUGCGACGGCCGGUAGUAGCUGCAGUGGUCCGGGAGGAGGUUCGUCGGUGGGACCGCGGGAUCUCGAGAAGCUGAACAACAGCAGUCUGAGCGUCAGCUUGCCACCCAGUCCGAAUACGCGUUGCAAUUACUUGGGCGCCAGCGGAGAAUCACCGCCAGUGGGUCACGGUGGCGGUGGUGCAGCUGGUGGUGGAGGCGGUGGCGGUGGCGCCGCUGUCGGCUCCAGUCAGUGGGUGCAAAAGCUGCGUUUGUCGGGCAGCACCAAUGCGGACACACAGCGCAAGUUGCGCACCAGUUCGAUGAACGAUGAGACCGACGGUGGAGCUGGCGGUGCCACAGCGCACUCGGCACCGGGUAUAAGCGGUGGUCCAGCCACCGGGGGAGGAGGCGGCGGUGUCUUGGGCGGAGAUGGCAGUCAUUCGGCACGCAGCAGCGGCAGCGAGACGCAACACUUUGGUGAUGGCAGCAAGCCGCAAACGCUGCAACCGAUUGUCCAGACACAGUUCAUCCCGUGGGCCAUUUCGUAUUUCACCCGACCGGGAAAUCAACGGUACAGCAGCGCCGAGGGCGGCAGCGAAGCGGAGGAGCGUCAACAGCGUUGGCCCAUCGAUCGCAAUUCCACCGAACUGCGUUCCCGAUUGUAUCGCUAUCAGCGGAACAAGCACAUCCGAGAUGGAGCGUUGCGACAGCUUAAGGAUCAGCGAGUGCAGCGAUUGGAUGCCUACAAUUGGGUGCGGAAGACACAGUUUACACCGUCGCUGGUGAAGUUGUUGCCGUAUGAGCCACAGAUAGCGGUGGCCUACAAGGAGAAGGUGCUUGUCUAUGACUUUGUGAAGAACUCGGUGCUCAGCUACGGCGAGAAUGCCGCCGAGAGUGCAGCGAGUAGCGGCAGCAGCGCUGGCGGAGGCGGUGUGGCGGCCAAUGCUAAUCAAACGAAUGCGAGCGGACGCAAAAUCUCGCGUCACUGGAACUAUGCGCGUGUGAGUAGCUUCGAGCUGUUGAAUGCCCAGGACACCGGACUGAUGCUGGUGGCCCACGAGGAUGGCGUCAUACGCGUUUGGCAGCCAUCGAGUGUCGGCCAGGAUGAAGUGCAGCCGGCAACGCGACGCUUGAUCAGCGCCUGGGAUGCUUUGCCACGCGCAGGCAGCGGAGUUGCUUCAUCAUCCGGAUCGUCGGCCACACAAACGUCGGGCAUCUCAUCCAAUUCGUUCAACAACAGUUCCUAUUUCGCCCGCCUGCUGAAGACGGAUCUGCUGCUGAUGCACAACGCGGCGACCACAGGCAGCACUGGCUACAGCGGCUCCGCAAGCGUUGGCGUCGGCGGUGUCGUCAACAAUUCGUCUGGGAAUGCGUCGAGCAGCGCGUCGGUUCAGUCGGGCAUCGGGUCAAGCAGUGGCUUAGGCAGCGGGAGCAGCUUGCAUAAUUCGUCCGGUGGCAGCUGCAAUGGCGCCUCGUCGGGCAUUGUGACCGCCUGGCAGCAGUACAGUCAACACCUGGUCGUCGGUGGGAGUUCGCAUCGUUAUCUCCGCAUCUGGGAUGUGGAGCGUGAGCUAAAGCUAACGGAUUUGCAGCUGGGACGUGAUACCACAGUGCGUGUGUUGUCGCCAUUUAUGGCAAACACUCGUUGCAACAUUGUCGCCGCUGGUUGCACCGAUGGCAGCGUUCGAUUGUUUGACAAACGUUGCGAUCUUCGCAUCGGUGUGUUGCGUGAUCAUGCGGCGCCCAUUCUGCAUUGCUGUUUGCGUGCCAACGAGACAACACUCGUCGCUGGCUGCACUGCCGGCAAGGUGUGCAUCUUUGACUUGCGACAAACAACGACAGACAACAGCAGCACCAGCAGCAGCAGCUGUGGCAGCGGGAGUGCAACAAUAGCGCCGGUCACGUGGCAAGCGGGCGGUGAUAUCACAGCGAUGGCAACGCAUCCAUUGGCGAAUGCCAUUGCCUGCGGGAAUGCGUCGAAGAUAUGCAUCUACUCGCUGAGUGGAUCGACGCAGAGCGUGCUGCGCAGCAACGAGGGAUUCAUGGGAUCGCGCAACCCAUAUCCCACCUGUCUCUCCUUCCAUGCGUACAAUGUCCAGCUGGCGGUGGGCUUUGUGGACAAUACAGUUGCUGUCUACAGUCCCACACCAGUUUUAUAAACUCUGCAGCCGCUGGAAAACGGACGUCGAUAAGAAUCCUGAAACAAUGUUUAAUGCACGUAGCUUUUAUGCGGAGCCAGCGAUGCAGUCAGCAGUGGAGCAAGUGCGUUCGAGCACACAGUUAUCGGACGA